AGAUGGAAUGAAAUCGCGUAGUCUCUUGUUCUUGUUCCUUCUAUUCUAUUCUAUCCAUCCAUUUACAUUUUUCUGUGUGAAUUACAAUGGCUAAUACAAUCACAACAACGGGUUUUCUAACCCGACCCAUGUCACCGUUUCACUUCCAUUCCCCUCGCUGCUCCAUUUCCCCAACACCCAAUUCGAUUAAAGCAACUUUUGCAGUUCCAAGAAGAAAAGCAAUGUCAUUGAUCAUAUCAACUUACAUUCUCUCAGACAUUGGUACAGCAUUAGCACAACAACCUCGUCCGUUUCGUGAAUAUGUUGAUGCAUUUGAUGGUUACUCAUUCAAUUAUCCAUCAAAUUGGAUUCAAGUGCGAGGUGCUGGUGCUGAUAUUUUCUUCAGGGAUCCUUAUAUUCUUGAUGAAAAUAUUUCUGUCGAAGUUUCUUCGCCUUCUUCUUCGAAAUUCAAGACUGUUCAAGACUUGGGUUCACCUGAAGAAGCUGGGAAGAAAGUUCUUACUCAGUAUCUUACUGAGUUUAUGUCUACUAGACUCGGUGUUAAACGUGAAUCGAAUGUUCUUUCCACUUCUUCUAGAGUUGCUGAUGAUGGCAAGUUAUACUAUCAAGUCGAGGCGAACAUAAAGUCGUAUGCUAGUAGCAAUGAGCUUGCUGUUAUGCCACAAGACAGGGUGGUGCGUUUGGAAUGGGAUAGGAGGUACCUUUCUGUUCUAGGAGUUGAAAAUGGUCAACUGUAUGAGUUGAGAUUACAAGUGCCAGAAAAUGUUUUCUCGGAAGAGGAGAAUGAGCUUCGUCAAGUCAUGGCAUCGUUUCGAGCAAAUAAGAUUAUUCGUUAGUUAGAACGAGAAUGUUGAGUAAAUCAAAAUGAUCUAUGGUUUUGUAUGUGUUUUUUAUGAAUCGGUUGAGUUAGUUGCAUUUCUAUUAAUUCAAUUACUGUUGUUAAUGAUGGUGUCAGCUUGACUAACUCUGCAAAUGCAGCAAAGUGUGAGUUGAGUUGUUAAUGAGAAAGAUUCAUUCAUUCA